AUGGAUCCGUAUGUUGCCCAAAAAUCUACUCCACCUAGUGCACCGUCAGCCUACGGCCAACCACCGGUGACAGGAAUACCACUUUCACCUCCUUAUAAUUAUGUUCAUAAUUCCCAACCACCACCACCAUUGCCCCAUGCUCAUGCUGGCGCUCCAGGGGAGUGGUCUACCGGUCUAUGCGACUGCUUUUCCGAUGUUUCAAAUUGUUGUAUAACAUUUUGGUGUCCUUGCAUAACAUUUGGUCAGAUUGCUGAAAUUAUAGACAGAGGAUCCACGUCUUGUGGAGCAAGUGGAGCACUUUACACUCUUAUAGCCUUUGUUACGGGAUGUCCAUGCAUAUACUCUUGCUUCUAUCGUUCUAAGAUGAGAAGGCAAUACAUGCUGCCAGAGAAUCCGUGUGCAGAUUGUUUGGUUCAUUGUUUUUGCGAAAGUUGUGCAUUGUGCCAAGAAUAUCGUGAGCUCAAAAACCGUGGGUUUGAUAUGUAUCUUGGAUGGCAUGGAAAUGUGGAGGGACAGAAUCCUGCAAUGACAAUGGCACCAGCCGUUCAAGGAGGAAUGAGUAGAUAA